GUGUGUUCAGAGAGUCAAGCUUCGCCUGCUCAUAAACUUCAGUUCCUGGGCGGACCCCACACACGCACAGCUGGAUUUGAAACAGCUGGAACUGCCUCCCCUUCAAUUUUAGACAGGAGCCCCACAAGCUCUGGAUGGGCUGGCGGAGGAUGAACCGAUCAACGCUGUGAAGCAGGGAUUCAGUUGCUGGCAAGAUCCAGAAAAUGGGUUACUGGAGGAGCCUCACUCUGAGUCUGCUACUGCUGCUGUUGCUCCCACAUGACGGCCAAGGAGGGCGGAAUGUGAAGAGCAAUUUAUGUAAGUGGUGUAAUAACACAUACCCAGUCUGUAAAGAUCAGGAGUGCUACAGCAACUGUGAUCUGAGCUCCUAUUGUGAAAAGUCAGAGGAAAUCUGUGUGUCUAUAUGGAAACAAGACAACGAGAGCAUUAGAGUGAGUACUCUUUGUCACAAUCCACAGCUUCCCGUGGAAAAUGUCAUGGUUCCCAAGUACAACACAUCCCAGUGUGUUAUGGUCCGUCAGCACAAUGAGGAAGGGAUAUUUUACAUCUGUGGCUGUGUGAAUGAACAGGAAUGCAAUGACAAACUCAUUUUUGAAAAGCACACCAAUGGAUACUCCAUGCUACAAAGCAAAGAAAUAAUUCCCGUGGCAGCCAUCAGCCUGUUGCCCCCACUGCUGGUUGCCAUCAUGAUAACGGUGACGUUCUAUCUCUGCCGAACCCACAGGCAGAGGAGGAGAGCCAAGGAGUGGCCCCAGAAACAAGUCCAGCACCGCCCACUGCCUGAACCCAGCAGAGCCACCAGCUACGACGAGAUACUAUCUGUCAAGAUCGACCACCGUGUCGCCCUGAGCACAGCCUGCGCCAACAACAUCAACCACAACACCGAACUGUUGCCUAUCGAGCUAGAUGAGCGAGUCGGGAAAGGGCAGUUUGCAGAAGUCUGGAGAGCAAAGCUGAAGCAUGCCUCUUCGGAGCAGUACGAGACGGUGGCAGUGAAGAUUUUCCCCUGCGAGGACUAUGCUUCCUGGAAAAACGAAAGCCAGAUCUUCAGCGAUGCCAACCUCAAGCAUGACAGCAUCCUUCAGUUCCUCACAGCGGAGGAGAGGCACUCUGGACUCCAGAAAGAAUACUGGCUCAUCACGGCCUACCACAGCCAGGGAAACCUCAAGGAUUAUUUGUCCAGGAAUGUUCUGAGCUGGAGGGACUUGCAGAAGAUGGCUGGCUCCCUAGUGAGUGGUGUGGCUCACUUGCAUAGCGACUACACUGCCUGUGGCAGUCCAAAGAUCCCCAUCGCCCACCGGGACAUCAAAAGCACCAACAUCCUCAUUAAGAAUGAACAGGAAUGUGUGCUCUGUGAUUUUGGGAUUGCUCUGAGGCUGGAUCCAGCCUUAAGUGUGGAAGAUUUUGCAAACAGCGGACAGGUGGGCACUGCCAGAUAUAUGGCUCCUGAAGUUUUGGAAUCUCGAGUGAAUCUCGAAGAUCUGGAGUCCUUCAAACAAAUGGAUGUUUAUUCCAUGGCUCUGGUUUUAUGGGAGAUUGCCUCCAGGUGUGACGCCAUAGGAGAGGUGAAGAACUAUGAGCUACCAUUUGGCUCAAAGGUCCGGGAGCAACCCUGCAUGGAGGUUAUGAGAGAUGUUGUACUGCAUGGUCGAGGGCGUCCAGAGAUACCUGGCAAUUGGCUGGUGCAUCAGGGAAUGCAUUUCCUGUGUGACACCAUCACAGAAUGCUGGGACCAUGAUCCUGAAGCCAGACUCACGGCUCACUGCGUGGCAGAGCGGUUCAACCUGAUGGUGCAGACGGAUUGCGACGACAUCCUCAACAACAACAACAGCAGCAGCAGCAGCCAUGGCAGCAGCCUUGGUGAUGAGGCAAGCAAAAUGGGUUGCCCAAUAGAUGAGAAUCAAGGGAGUGACAGGAAUAUCCAAUGACUGGGGAAAGAAAUAAAAGCUGGACAAAAGCACCAAUGGGCAUGCCACUCAGAAAAAAAAUAUAUACCUCCCCCAAAUCCCAUUUAGUUCUCUGAAUGAAUAAAACGUAUUUAUAAGCCCUUUUAAUUUACUAGGCAAAAAGGCAGAGUCACUGUAUUAUGUUCAGCACACAAUAUAAAUCAUUUUAUACUUAUUUUAAAUGUAUAACACAAAAAAAUCUUUAUUUUUAAAAAGAUUCACAAUUAAUAGGCAUUUUUUUAAAAAAAACCCAUCCAAUGUUCAUUCUUUACGAGGGGAUAAGGCAGAGUCUUGACCCUAGCCUGAUACUAGAUCACGCAAGAAAUUGCUGGAACCAUUAGGUGUUAAUCAGAAAAGAACUCCAUUCGCUUGCUUUUAAAAAUAAAUAAUUUUUUCUAUUCACACAG